AUGUUGGGGGGCCGCAAGCUGAGCUCCUCCGGGAGCCGAUUUUUAGGAGCACUAAGGUCGGGAUUCCGGGACACACAGGCUGGCUGUCCCCGCUUAACCACGUCAGCAGAGAAUCAGCUCACUCGGAUUCUACAAAUUAAACCAUGGGUUUUCAAUGAAAACAGAAUCAUGUGGUUCAAAUCCUAUAGCAUGGCUUUUGCCUGCCUGAAUAGGAUGAAAAAUUACAGGCUCGCUUGGACAAGACCGUACAGUACUUCCCGGACCACUGUAGACAGCAGUGAGGUGAAGACCUUCCUGGCCCUGGCUCAUAGGUGGUGGCAUGAGCAAGGAGUCUAUGCGCCUCUUCACUCUAUGAACGACCUGAGGGUGCCGUUCAUCAGAGACAGUCUUUUAAAAACAGUUGCUGAUCACCAGCCAGGAAAACCUUUGUUUGGGAUGAAGAUUCUUGAUGUUGGCUGUGGUGGUGGAUUGUUAACGGAACCUCUAGGGCGGCUUGGGGCUUCAGUUAUUGGAAUCGAUCCUGUGGAUGAGAACAUUAAAACAGCCCAGCACCAUAAAUCAUUUGACCCAGUCCUGGAUAAGAGGAUAGAGUACAGAACAUGUUCCCUGGAAGAGAUUGUGGAAGAAACUGCAGAAACAUUUGAUGCUGUCGUAGCUUCUGAAGUUGUAGAACACGUGAUUGAUCUAGAAACAUUUGUACAGUGCUGCUGUAAAGUGUUAAAACCCGGUGGUUCUUUAUUCAUUACUACAAUCAACAAAACACAGCUGUCCUAUGCUUUGGGAAUUGUUUUUUCAGAGCAAAUUGCAGGUAUUGUACCAAAAGGUACUCAUACAUGGGAGAAGUUUGUUUCACCUGAAAAGCUAGAGAGCAUUCUAGAAUCAAAUGGUCUGUCAGUUCAAACUGUGGCAGGAACGCUCUACAACCCCUUCUCAGGUUACUGGCAUUGGAGUGAAAACACCAGCCUUAACUAUGCAGCUCAUGCUGUGAAAUCCAGCACCCAGGAGCACCCGGCGCCUACCGAGUUUGCUUUAAAGGAGGAAACAGAAGAGCUCCGAACUGAAGCCUCCGCUAACUCAGGUGUGCGUGAAGAGCUGAAGAAAUGAAUUUUUAUGAAGAACUGUAGUAUAAUGGCUUGAAAGUCUAAUGUUUACAAAUACACAAAAUAUGCCAUUUGUCUUUUGAGACAGGAUCAUAAAGAAAAGAAAGUCAAUAAAAAGGGCUAAAACCUUAGAUAAAAGCUUUUGUUGUUUCAUCUAAUAGCUACCUUCAAGGGAUUAGUCUAUGGAUAAAAAAAGUUUUGAUGAGGUAUUAUGUGAUCUAGGAAUUUAAUUCCUUGGCGUUUGUUAUAUACAUACGGUAUACAUAUUUCACCUCAUCUUACAGAUUAUAUAAUAUUUUCCCCGCAUGUAUGCACGUACAUAUAUACUGUAAUAUGUUUUAAUUUAAAAUAAAUCUGUAUCAUCUA